AAACUAAUUUAGAGAAGUAAAUGUGUUUUGAAAGUUGAAACACUUACAAGAUAAUUAUUUACGAAAUCGUAAAAAAACAAAUCUCCGAUUAUCUUCAGCUUGGAUGUGAAUGGAAGAUGUCAUGCGGGGAUGGAAGAGAUCUCUCCUCUGUGGACGCAAAUACCAGACACUGACGAUCAUUCUCGUCAUUGUCAUCAUCUUUUACUGGUUCCAGUUUUCCUCUCAUAAAAAGAUAAAUGGCUGGAACAGGAUGCAAAACAAACAUGUAAUGUUCUCACACAAGCAUCCGAAUAUGGAUUCAACCAAGCUGGAAAAUUUAAAUUUAUGGACAUUGAAGAGACUUCCACGGGGAGUUCAUUCUGCUGAUGCAAACAAGUAUAAAACGGAUGAUGGUGUUUUUCGGUGUGUAAAAUCGAAACAAACAAUCAAGGCAAAGUAUUUCAAUGACGAUUUCUGCGACUGCGAUGAUUUCACAGAUGAGCCUGGAACAUCAGCUUGUCCAUACUCGAGGUUUUACUGCCAGUUCCAGCUGAAGAAUGAGGACCCACAGUUUGUUCCGUCCAGCAGAGUGAAUGAUGGGAUAUGCGACUGUUGUGAUGGUAGCGAUGAAUGGGCUGGUGCCGUUGUCCCACAAAAUAUAAAACUUCCAGAUGAACGUCAAGGUCACCCUGUCUUCCAUGCCCCGUGUGAUGACCACUGUAACCGGUAUACCAGUCUACGGAGUGAGGAACUCCGAAUACACAGAGAGGGACACGAGCUGAAGAAAGGUUACAUUGAAGCAGCACAGGUUCUUGAAGAGAGCAGACGAAAGGACUAUGGUCCUUCUGGUGAAUUCUACAAACUGAGUCUCCAGUGCUUUAAGUACCACACAUCGGAGUAUGAAUACGACGUCUGCCCAUUCAAGUCGGUCAAACAGCAGAAGUUCCCGCAGGCGUCUGUAUCCCUCGGCUACAUUCCAAAAUGGCAUCAGGUCAAACACGGAGAUGUACAACUCAUCAUGGGGGGCGGGGAUUCCAGAGUCUGUCCAGACAUGAUUCCCAGAGAAACUUUGAUUCGUUUUCUCUGUGGUCUUGAGGACCAGAUUCUGAAUAUCAAAGAAGAUACCCGAUGUGUUUAUGUCGUCAAGUUUAGUACCCCAGCAGCAUGCUAGCAACCCAGUGUUGACAUUAAUAAGUUCUGUACCCAACAUACUAGUGUGUUGACAUUAAUAACUUGUUAAUGUCAACACACUACAUAAAGAGUUUAAUCAGUUUAGUACUUCAGCAGCAUGCUAGCAACCCAGUGUUGACAUUAAUAAUGUCCAUACCCAACAUAGUGUGUUGAAAUUAAUAACUUAUUAAUGUCAACACACUACUUAAAGAGUUUAAUCAGUUUAGUACUUCAGCAGUAUGCUAGCAACCCUGUGUUGACAUUAAUAAUGUCCAUACCCAAUAUAGUGUUGAAAUUAACAACUUAUUAAUGUCAACACACUACUUAAAGAGUUUAAUCAGUGUAGUACUUCAGCAGCAUGCUAGCAACCCAGUGUUGACAUUAAUAAUGUCCAUACUCAACAUAGUGUGUUGAAAUUAAUAACUUAUUAAUGUCAACACACUAUUAUGUUGGGUGCAGAACUUAUUAAUUGACAUUUUAAAGUUCAGUAAUAACAUUAGCUUGCUAGAAAAAUGUUUAGCACUCUAGGUUAGUAAUACCACACAGAAAUUGUUCACUCAGGCUGCUAACACACUAGUGAAAUUCCACGAUAACCUGUAGAAAAAGUGAUAUUUUCAGUGAAAAAAGGCAGCAAAGACCUUUGUAUGAAGUCUAUGCGGUGUUCUCUGACUUGAUAUAUCUCCUUCCAAAUUAGUGUACAUGUUAAAUUCAACAUUCCAUAAACCAGUAGGGGGGGGGGGGGGGGGAUUUAGCUCAGUCAGUUGAGCGAUCCCCUGAGGUGCUUGCAUCGCAGGAUCGAACCAACUCGGUGGAUCCGUUCAAU